AUGCAUUUCCUUUUUAUUUUCUCCGCGAUCCUCCAGUCAGCCUCUCUGGUUGCUGGAUCCGCGAUCCCCCCUGGAGCCAAUGGCAAUAAUACAACCACCCAAAAGGCCCGUGGCAUUAGCAUUGCUAGCGAAAGCCAGUAUUGCAAUGAAAAGGCUGCUGAGUUAUACAACAAUAACUUGGAGGCUACUGCAGCGGAUGCGAUCAUAGCUACAGUUUUUUGCAUUGGGACGGUUGCAAUGUAUCACAGUGGCAUUGGGGGAGGAGGCUUUGCUCUUGUGAAACACGAGAACGGCUUUGAAGCCAUUGAUUUCAGGACAACUGCUCCAGGCAGCGCAACCGAUGAAUACUACAACAACCGCAGUGUUCACGUAGGGGGUGCAUCGGUUGGUGUACCAGGUGAGCUUCGGGGGCUCCGGCAAAUCUACAAAUAUGCAAAAUUGGACUGGAAAAUGCUCUUCCAGCCUGCCAUCCAAGCUGCCAAAGGCGACUUCAAGGCAAAUGAUGAUUUGAUGUAUUUUGUCAAUCGUCUUGUGUGGGACCCAUUGCUGAAGGAGGAGGAGGACCCUCGAUACCCUGAAUGUGGUUGGUUCGGACAAUACCCUUGGUACGAAACGUUUUGCCCUAACGGGAAACUGAUGCAAAAGGGCACCCCGUUGAACCGGACAAAAUAUGCCGAAACUUUGGAGGCAAUUGCGAAUAGUGGAGACGAGGGCACCUUUUACAAUGGAACAAUUGCAGAUCACACUUAUGAAACUUUAAGGAAAAGGUCAAGCUUGAUGUCAAAACAGGACCUGCAGAACUAUGAGGCUAAAAUACGGCAGCCUGCCAGCAUUAACUAUCGAGGCCAUACGGUUACAAGCACACCGAUACCUACGAGUGGGUCGAUCGUACUCAGCAUAUUAAAGAUUCUGGAAAGGUUUGCCAGUAAAUUUAAUCCAGGUACUGAUGGACCAAGUACCCAUUGGCUGCUUGAGGCAUUGAGAUAUGGAUACGCUCAGAGGUCCAGACUGGGAGAUCCUGACCCCAAGUUCCACCCCAACAUCGACAUGGCUAAGUAUCAAGAAUGGUUGCUUAAUGCGGAAAGCGGGUUCCCACAUGAAGCCAACAUCAAGGAUAAGGCUCAGCGAGAUGUUCUAGAUUACCUAGUGCCAUAUCCUGGAGCUGCUAAAGUCCUUUCAUCUAGCCCGUCAAACGAUACAGUGAGAUACAGCGGAGGAACCUCUCAUGUUGUCGCUUUGGACAGCGAUGGCUUAGCCAUAUCUCUCACUACCAGCGUUGGCGAGUGGUUCGGAAGCAGAGUCAUGGAUCCUAACACUGGGAUUAUCUUCGGCGAUGACAUCUCUGACUUCCAGCGCAUUCAGCAUCCCGACAAUCCACUAGAAUUUGCGAACAAUCACAUCGAAGGGGGUAAAAGGCCUCUUUCCGGAAUGUCACCUACCAUCGUUACAAACGCAAAGGGAGAAGUGUACUUUGUUACAGGCUCUGCUGGUGGGACACGAAUUCCCUCUGCCACCUUACAAACCAUUGUCAACGUCAUUGAUCGGGGAAUGUCGGCUGUAGAUGCCAUCAGCUCGCCGCGUUUGCAUGAUCAGCUGAAUCCGAAUAUUACCGAGUUUGAUCUAUCGCUAACAAACGACCAGAGGAUGUACAGCAAACAUAUUGUGAAAGAUAUGCAGGACAGAAACCAUUUGUUUACGUGGGUUGAACCAGGCUUCUCCUCGGCCCAGGCAAUCAGACAGGUACCUGGAAAGGUUCCCGAAGCGUCUGGAGAAGAGUGGCAGAGUGAUUCAGGAGGAUGUAUACCGAAGCCAUUGGUAGCUACUGGAAAAUCUGACCCAUUACAAUACUACUUAUUUAAUCCGAUUUGGCGUUACUCCACCGUUGCUAUUAUCCGCUACAGACUUCUCUACAAUAACACUGGGAUUUCAUGUGGCGUCGGAAUGCCUUCUAUCGCUACCGAAGCCUCGAGGUCUCAUUUGUCACAUCACUUCCAGAGGCUGACGCAGAUUGGUGCUGGUUAG